AUGGAUCAAUUAAUGGAUCGACGUAAGCCGAAAACUGAACCUUGGAAACAGUUUCAAGUGGGAAUUGUAGAUCAGUACACAAACUAUGCCUUUUUCCCUGCGAAAGAUAUCAAUUUCAAAACGAUUGGGUCGCCACUGUAUCCGGUGGUCGCCCAGGUCGGCGUACCGCUGAACUACGGCUUGAAUGCAGGUCAAACAGCUGAACAGCAACAAAAGGUGUUGGACAGGAUCAACGCUUUAUGUUUCAAAAAUGCGAAGAUAGACUGGUCGUCAGAAAUAGGUCAUAAGUUGAAAGAGUCGUUGAUGCUAUCCGAUUUGGCGAAGAGGUUCGGCAUCGAGUUCGAACUGCAUCGCCUGUGGUACACCAACCUUCCGUUGUACAGUUUUAUGUUGACCGGCAUUUCGGCCUACGCCUAUGGCGAGGGCCAUCGUUUGUUGAUAGCGGCGAUGACGAAGCGAAAUGUGCCAGUGUGGUUUAAAGUCAUAUUUUGUGGUGCUUGGCUGUUUUUCGUUUGUAGUGCAUUCUUGAAGUGUCGUGAAAUGCUGAACGUCUCUGCGUGGGUAAGUGGGGUCAAAGGUGCCCUGUCACUCGGCGAGGAGUACAGAAACGGCGCUGUCGAGUUUUACAGCAAAGAAAUAAACAGGAACAUUUGUGUUCGUCGGUUGCUCGGUUACAAAGGAGCCCUGCGCUACGGUGUCGACGGCGAGGUACUCUGGCACUGGUACGAGAAGCCGAGGCCAAAACUGACCGACUGCCUUCAGCUGGUCAACUCUUACGUUCCUGAACCAUUUUACACCAAAGAGUGGACGAGGAGCGUAUUGUUUUAG